AUGGUGUAUCUCUCCUCCGAGAUUGUGUUAGAAAUCCUGCAGUAUGCAGGGCACGAUAUAAUUCCCUGUCUACGGAUCAAUUCCCAGUGGUUUAACUGUGGAAUUUCCCUUGUAUGGCGACGUGCACGGUCGUGGCUCCUUAGCCGAGUCCCAAAGCACCGAAGACAGAUUUAUGCGUCGGUGAUCCGAGAGUUUAUUGUCUAUCGAGAGACCAACAAAAAUCUGAGAGAGUUCAGUCAACUUUCCUUUCCGAAAUUGGAAAUGCUACGUAUCGACUUAAAGCAGGACGACCAUGACGCCCUAGACUUUUCGUCGCUGAAAUGCUACAUGCGCCAAGGGCUUACACAAAUCGAACUCAGUGGAACAUUUGACCCUGAAUUACUUAGUCUUAUUCAGGUUUCCUGUCCUAGGUUAUAUUACUUCUCAAUUAGCAGACACGAUCCCCGUCUGACGCCAGAGAUCCUCCUUGAAUUUCUUCAAAAUUACCCUGCAUUAUCGGACAUAUCUAUCCACUCCGAAGAAUUAAUCACCGGUAACAUACUCAAACAUCUGGCAGGUAGCAAGAAACUGGAAACGCUUUCUCUUGAGGGUGUCAUCGAUACAGACGCCAUUGGAGAUCUCAAUAUAUCAUCUCCUUUUAAGGCCCUGCAACACCUAACGAUAUCAGUCACGGAAGCCGCACUUCCAUCGCUGGUGGGCAUGGUCAAGUCGAUCCGGAGCUUCAACCUAACCCUAGGCGGCCCUGACCUUUCUGAGGAUUUUGACAGUGCUGCCCUUAAACAUAUCUCCCAGUUGAUUGAACUACGGAACCUGACUCUGUUGAUCUGGGGUAACAUGAGGAUCGCGACCGAGGACAUUGUGUCUCUCAAAAGCUUGACACAUUUGAGACGCUUUAGCAUCAGCGGGCUCUCUGCAAUUUCUCUGAUAGCGCCGAGACUCCAAGACACGGACUUUGAAGAGCUGUUCAAAAACCUCGGCCAACUAGAAGCCCUCAAUUUUGAUAUUUUUCGCUCUAAUAUCACGACCGACUCCCUUGUGAGCCUGGGGAAAUGCUGCCCAUCACUCCAACGCUGUGAGAUCAUGGGUAUCUAUGACAUGGCGGCUUUCAGAUAUGAAAAACUACCGUUGUUUCCAGCGCUGGAGCUUCUUUCUAUCGGGGCAUUUACCAACUGUGAACGAUUGUUCUCGUACAGCCGAGCUUAUGACCACGUCCGACAAAUCGAGAAACACUUCCCGAAUCUACAAGAUCUCGGUUGUACGUUCCGAACGUUUCCAAUUGUGAAGGAUGAACUCCCAGAUAAGAUCGUGCAGUUAUGGUGGAGCAGACAAGAAAAGGCCAGAAAAGCCAAGCCAUGA